GCGAGCGGCCAUUGAGGGCAGCCAGGGUGCCGGUGAGCCCCCCCCCCCCCAUUUGCUCAGUGUGCGGCUGAGCUUCGAUGGAGGGCCACAUGACGGGGCACAAAAAGGAGAAGCGUUAUGAGUGCGACGUGUGUGGCAAGGCCUGGCAGAGCCCGAGCCUGCUGGAGACCCACCAGCGGGUGCACACGGGAGAACGCCCCUUCGACUGCUUAGAGUGCGGCAAGAGCUUCUCCCGCUAUGAAAACCUGCAGCGGCACAAGAGCGUGCACUCCAGCGAGAGGCUGUUCACCUGCUCCGACUGCGGCAAGAGUUUCAAGAUGGCCAAUAACCUGAAGGUGCACCAGCGGGUGCACACAGGCGAGAAGCCCUAUGGCUGCUCCACCUGUGGCAAGAGCUUUACCCGGUUGUAUGGGCUGCAGGUGCACCGGCGGGUGCACAGCAGUGAGCGGCCCUUCACCUGCUCUGACUGCGGAAAAGGCUUCAAGUCGUCGCCGGACCUGAAGGUGCACAGGCGCCUGCACACCGGGGAGCGGCCCUAUACCUGCAGCGAAUGCGGCAAGGACUUCACCCGCGUCAGAAACCUGCUGGGGCAUCAACGUACCCACACCGGCGAGCGUCCCUACACCUGCACCCAGUGCGGUAAGGGCUUCACCCAGUCCACCAGCCUGCUGUCCCACCAGCGCACCCACACCGGGGAGCGGCCCUACACCUGCAGCGGCUGCGGGAAGGGCUUCACCCGCUCCGACAGCCUGCUGUACCACCAGCGCAUCCACACCGGCGAGCGCCCCUACACCUGCGCCCAGUGCGGCAAGGGCUUCACCCCCUCCGGCAACCUGCUGUCCCACCAGCGCAUCCACACCGGCGAGCGGCCCCACACCUGCGCCCAGUGCGGCAAGGGCUUCACCCGCUUCACCGGGCUGCUGUCCCACCAGCACACCCACACCGGCGAGCGCCCCCACACCUGCGCCGAGUGCGGCAAGGGCUUCACUCAGUCCAGCAGCCUGCUGUCCCACCAGUGCAUCCACACCGGUGAGCGUCCCUACACCUGCGCCCAGUGCGGCAAGGGCUUCACCCGCUCCACCAGCCUGCUGUCCCACCAGCACACCCACACCGGCGAGCGCCCCUACACCUGUGCCCAGUGCGGCAAGGGCUUCACCCACUCCAGCAGCCUGCUGGAGCACCAGCGCACCCACACCAACGAGCGCCCCUACACCUGCGCCCAGUGCGGCAAGGGCUUCACCCGCUCCACCCAUCUGCUGAACCACCAGCUCACCCACACCGGCGAACGCCCCUACACCUGCGCCCAGUGUGGCAAGGACUUCACCCAGUCCAGUCACUUGCUGGAGCACCAGCGCACCCACACUGGCGAGCGCCCCUUCACCUGCACCCAAUGCGGCAAAGGCUUCACUCGCUCCUCCAAGCUGCUGUCCCACCAGCAGGUGCACGCCUGCAACCGUCCCGUCCCCAGCCCGGUGUGUGGAAAGCGCUUUGCCAUGGCCUCCCACACCCUGUCUCACCAGCGCGUGCACACCAGUGGCCAGCCCAACGACUGCCCGUACUGUGGUGAGGCAUUUGACAGCUCGCGGGGGUUGCGGCAGCACCGGAGGACCCAUGGUGGCGAGCAGCUGCUCCCACUGACAAGAGAGCACUGGGCUGCGGGAGCACCAGCGGUUACACAGCGGAGAGAGACCCUUUGUGUGCGCUGAAUGUGGCAAGGGGUUCACCCCGCUUGACCACCUGCUGGAGCACCGGCGAGCCCACACCGGCCAGCGCCCUUCACCUGCCCACUCUGCGGCAAGGCCUUUGCCCUCUCCUCCAGCAUGCUGGCACACCGCCACGUGGAUAGGUGCUGUUUAGGUAGACACAAAAUGCUGGAAGGAAUGGGUAACAUUUCAGGGUUGAGACCCAUCUUCAGUGUCGACCCGAAAUGUCACCCAUUCCUUGUCUCAUGAGAUGCUGCCUGUCCCGCUGAGUUACUCCAGCAUUUUGUGUCCACCUAUCACUUGCCAGGCUUUGUCCAGCCCCCAUCUCUCUUUUCCAGCUUCCUCUCCCCACCCUCUCCAAUUAGUCAGAAUAAGGGUCCUGACUCAAAACAUUGUCUGUCCAUUCCCUCUAAAGCGGUGGAGUAACUCAGUGGGUCAGGCCGCAUCUGUAGAGGGAAAGGAAUCUAAGGCGACAUCUCCCACCUCUCCUUUCCAACUUUCUCCACACCCACCCCCCCACUACCUCCUGAUAUAGUAGUGGCCAGAGGAUCUGGGGUGAUGGAGGAACUGAUGGAAAUCCACAUUAGGCAGGAAAUGGUGUUAGGUACACUGAUGGGACAGAUAGAUCCCCAGGGCCUGAUGGUCUGCAUCCCAGGGUAUUUCAGGAAGUGGCUCAAGAAAUCGUGGACGUAUUGGUGAUAAUUUUCCAAUGUUCCAUAAACUCAGGAUCAGUUCCUGUGGAUUGGAAGGUAGCUAAUGUUAUCGCACUUUUUAAGAAAGGCGGGAGGGAGAAAACUGGGAAUAUAGUCAACAAAAUAGAGAGAGUACAGAGGAGAUUUACUAAAAUGUUGCCUGGGUUUCAACAACUUAGGUUGAAUAAGUUAGGUCUUUAUUCUCUGGAGCGCUGAAGGUUAAGGGGGGACUUGAUAGAGGUCUUUAAAAUGAUGAGAGGGAUAGACAGAGUUGAUGUGAACAAGCUUUUCCCUUUGAGAAUAGGGAAGAUUCAAACAAGAGGACAUGACUUCAGAAUUAAGGGACAGAAGUUUAGGGGUAACAUGAGGGGGAACUUCUUUACUCAGAGAGUGGUAGCAGUGUGGAAUGAGCUUCCAGUGGAAGUGGUGGCGGCAGGUUCGUUGGUAACAUUUAAAAAUAAAUUGGAUAGGCAUAUGGAUGAGAAGGGAAUGGAGGGUUAUGGUAUGAGUGCAGGCAGGUGGGACUAAGGGAAAAAAGUUGUGUCAGCACGGACUUGUAGGGCUGAGAUGGCCUGUUUCCGUGCUGUAAUUGUUAUAUGGUUAUACACCAGUUAGCAUGACAUCGAUGCUGGGGAAGAUGCUGGAGUCAAUUAUAAAAGAUGAAAUAGCCGCAUAUUUGGAUAGCAUUAACAGGAUCGGUCCGAGUCAGCAGGGAUUUACGAAGGGGAAAUCAUGCUUGACUAAUCUUCUGGAAUUUUUUGAGGAUGUAACUAGGAAAAUGGACAAGGGAGAGCCAGUGGAUGUAGUGUACCAGGACCUUCAGAAAGCAUUUUAUAAGGUUCCACAUGGGAGAUUAGUGGGCAAAUUUAGGGCUUAGGGUAUUGGGGGUAGAGUGCUGACAUGGAUAGAAAAUUUGUUGGCAGACAGAAAACAAGGAGUAGGGAUUAAAGGGUCCCUUUCAGAAUGGCAGGCAGUCACUAGUGGGGUACUGCAAAGCUCGGUGCUGGGACCGCAGCUAUUUACAAUAUACAUCAAUGAGAUUUAAAAGUAACAUUAGCAAAUUUGCAGAUGACACAAAGCUGGUUGGCAGUGUGAACUGUGAGGAGGAUGCUAUGAGAAUGCAGGGUGAAUUGGACAGGUUGGGUGCAUGGGCAGACGCAUGGCAGAUGCAGUUUAAUGUGGAUAAAUGUGAGGUUAUCCAAUUUGGUGGCAGAAACAGGAAGGCAGAUUAUUAUCUAAAUGGUGUCAAGUUGGGAAAUGCGGAAGUGCAACGGGAUCUGGGGGUCCUUGUUCAUCAGUGACUGAAAGUAAGCAUGUAGGUACAGCAGGCAGUGAAGAAAUCGAAUGGCAUGUUGGUCUUCAUAACAAGAGCAGUGGAGUAUCGGAGCAAAGAGGUCCUUCUGCAGUUGUAUAGGGCCCUAGUGAGACCACACCUGGAGUAUUGUGUGCAGUUGCUGGAUCUCCCGGUUGCCAACCAUUUUAACUCCCCUUCCCACUCCGACACUGAUGUUUCUGUCCUGGGCCCCCUAUAUUGCCAGAGUGAGGUGACACGCAAUCUGGAGGAACAGCACCUCAUAGCUUACAGCCCAAUGACAUGAACAUUGAAUUCUCCAAAUUAAGGAAACUCCCCCUCCUAAUCAAGUCUGGAGUCUCUCCCAACUGCAUCUCUUUUUUCUAGCUUUCUCCCCCGACUCCAUCAGUCCAAAGAAGGGUCCAGACCCGACACGUCACCUGUCCAUUCCCCACCAAAGUGCCGGUAGAACUCAGCAGGUCGGCCAUCCGUGGUGGGAAACGGAUGGAGAAAUGUUCCUAUUACAAACUCUCCUUGGCCCUAUCAAGAAUGUGGUGUCCAUUCUUGGGAUGGGAUGCAAGGUCCGAGCUGAACAGUCAUCGACAGCCCCCCCUUCCCUUCCCUCGUGGGCCAUCUCUUUGUAAUUCCUCUGUCUUCUUCUCGCUGGAUGACAAGCAGAACCGUCUUGGCUUAACAGUAGAUGUAUCUUCUUCCUUUUGGACUUUCGUUUCUGCAGGUAUUUACAGAGGAAACAAAACUACUUCCCUUAGGUCCUGAUCUUCCUUUUGUUUUAGUAAAGGUAGAACCUUUGACAGUUGUGAUUGAUUAACGAUCUUAAAUACUCCCAUAGCGUAAAUUUGACAUGAACCGUACUUCCUUUUCUAUGAAGUUCACCAGAUCAGGAAGCAUGGCCUCUCGAUUCUCAUUUUCCUCUAACAGACCAGCUUUAUCUUUUCUCUAAGUCUAUGGGGCAGUUUUAGAGUGAUCAUUUUCAUAUUGCUAAGAACAUUCAUUUCUUGCAUGUGGUCUAAGAGGGUAGUCAUUUCUUUCAUACUUCUAAGACAUAUCGCAAACUCCCGCAAUGCUUUCGCAUCUUCUGGCUGGAUUGAUGUCCAAGCAUAGGCCUUCUUCAUGAGGAUGUCUUUGGAUCAUGGAAGUUUAAAGGGACUUUUAUGUAGUGUGUCGGCAGCGAGCGGCGACUGCGGAGGGUUCAACAUCCCCGACCACGGGUGAACAAAAGGGGAAGAUGGUUGAACUUUAUUAGCUUCCAUCACAGUGAGGAAUGUGGAUUCCGCUGUGGUGGAUGUUUAUGUUAGAUUUUAUUUUAUGUGGCUGUGUGUCUUGUUGCUUUUUACUCAGUAUGGCUGUACGGUAACUCAAAUAACACUGUACCUUAAUUGGUGGAUAUGACAAUAAAUUCCAACUUGAACU